ACACAGAGGGCUCUUGAGGAGACACUGAAAAAGGGGGACAGACGCUCACAGACUUUAGCACACACAGAGAAGUCCUGGUGAGUCUAUGAGACAAGACUUUGAGAUUUUGAUUCUCUGCUGAAGUUAUAUCGACAGCAAUUCACAAACUCCUAAAACAAACGAAUGAAAGGCACUGCAUAGGCCUAACUUGCUCAAAACUUUUUACAAGAAUAGAUUUUAACUGAAUGUCAACUGAACUAUUAAGAUGUCCGCCUUUUCACUUCGGAUCAGUGUGAGACUUUCAACAAACUCGGAGUGUUCUGAAGAUAUUUAUCACUGAACUUUAGGUAAUUCAAUCGGGAAAAUGCCUCGGCCCGGAAGAAACACGUAUAGCGAUCAGAAGCCGCCGUAUUCGUAUAUUUCGCUCACCGCUAUGGCCAUUCAAAGUUGCCCGGAGAAGAUGCUCCCGCUCAGCGAAAUUUACAAGUUCAUCAUGGACAGGUUUCCUUAUUAUCGGGAAAACACACAACGCUGGCAGAACUCUCUUCGCCACAACCUUUCCUUCAACGACUGCUUCAUCAAGAUCCCGCGGAGACCGGACCAGCCGGGCAAGGGCAGUUUCUGGGCUCUCCAUCCCAACUGCGGAGACAUGUUUGAAAACGGGAGCUUCCUGAGGCGCCGCAAGAGAUUCAAAGUGAUGAUCACCUCCGAGCACCUGCAAAAACCCUCCGACGCGGCGCAGUACCUCCAGCAACAAGCGAAACUCAGAAUGACCGCUUUAGGGACACAUCUACCUCAGAUGACCAGCUACAACUUAAGUGUGUCUCAACCCUCCACUUUCAAACACCCAUUUGCCAUUGAAAACAUCAUUGCCAGAGACUACAAAAUGCCAGGAAGCCUUGCUUUCUCCAGCAUGCAGUCCAUGACUACGGGUUAUCAGAUACACAAUCAGUUGACCACGGCUUGGCCCCACAUGUAUAGCGGUAAUGUGAUAGAUGCUGAGUAUACUACUGCCUAUGGAGUACCACUCAAAUCCCUGAGUCAUGGCGCGCAAAGUUUUCCGGCGAUCCCUGUGCCAAUCAAACCCGCUCCAGCUUCGGUGGCGUCCAUCCCGGCGCUGCACGCGCACCUUCCAGCGUUCCUCUCCGGAUCUCCACAGUCCCUCAGCCCGACGUCUCCCGGCCAGAGCAGCCCCGCCACACCGAGCCCGACCUCGCUGCUCCAUUCGGUCGCCGUGCGCUGUCAAGAGGUCACUUAAAACUUUCAGAGGCACUUCAAACUUUCCUUACAAAUCCACCUUGAUUCACUGAAGCAAGACGAAAAAAAGUGCAGUAUACAAACCAUCUUAUCCAAAACCUGUAAAAUGAUAGAAAGUGACUUUUUAAAAUUAAAUAUUCUGUUAAGUUUGCUUAUAGUUCAAUUUGUCUAUGGCAUAUCUGUCAUUAAUUUAGGCUACCUCAUAUUAUCAAUGGUCAAGAAUCCUAUUGAAAAAUGCACAACGGACUAUGGAAUUGAAAACGUGACAACAGGCAUACAGAGUUUUGGAAAGUAACGUUCAUUAAGAAGAAUCACAAUACGAUUAUUCUUCAUGUAGAUAAUUUUACUUGAAACCUGAAAUUAUUUCGGUCUAUUUUUAAACCAUAAGUCUCACCGACAUUAUAAGUAUACUAAAGAAACAGGAAAAGACUGAGAAUGGCAUGUAUAAAGCACAGAUGCUGCAGCGUUUUCGUGUGGCAGUGACGAAAUAUAAAAAUGGAAAUAAUGCACUUUUGGUGUGACGUUACAGAUAUGGAAAGAUGUUGUUCUGUGAACAAUGCUCAGCCUAAUUUAUCCGCUUCGUUGAAAUAGUCAAAGCUGUUGUAUAUAUGUUUUCUGUACAAUGUUGACAUGCUCUGAUGUAGACUAUACUAGCAUGCUGCUUUUCCACGUAUACCUGAAAUAAAUGAUAAACUUUGUCA